UCUUAAUCUUGACAGUUCAUUUUCUUAAACAAGACUGGGUUUUAAGUUCACUUUUCAAAUCUUUUGAUUUACUAUGUUUUUUAUCUUCAAAAUAUAUUUUAUCUUCACAGAUUCCUGCUGAAGCACCAUGGGAUGCACCAAAUGCAAAAGAGUUGGACAAAAUUUCAAUGAAACACUUCAUCGACAAACAUUGCUGGACAAACCAGUGCAUUAUGAAGAAAAGAACUGGUGUACAGAACAAUAUUCUGGAGGCUAUUAUACAGCAUAUUUUCCAACAGGCAUUAUGUCCCAAUAUGGAAGAAUAAUACGUGAGCCCACUGACAGAAUCUACUUUGCUGGCAUUGAGACAGCAACCCAGUGGAGUGGCUAUAUGGAAGGAGCUGUGCAGGCUGGAGAAAGAGCUGCUAGAGAGGUAAGCAUAACUGCUGCUAUUGGCCACCUUCAUGAAAGACCCAAGAAUAAAAUUUGGGUAACAGAACCAGAAUCAAAGGAGGUUCCAGCAAUUCCAAUUACCACUACAUUUUGGGAGAGAAAUUUGCCAUCUGUUCCUGGACUGCUGUUCUUUCUUGGAUGGUCUACUUUCAUCACCUCGUUGGCUACAACUGGACUCUUGGCCUACAAAAAGGGACUUCUUUCCCGAUAAUGUACCGGAGCCAGAAUUUUCCAUUUAUUUUCUUCAUGCUAUAAAUGCUGUUCCUGAAAAAGCCAUCUUUCAUACCUUUUGGAACACCUGGGUUAACACAUCCCAACCAAUUUAAUUCACCUUCCUUUAAAACAUAAAGGGAGGCAGGAAAGAUUUGCUUUUCUUUCUUGAGUGACUUCCUGCUUAAAAGUUGGUGACCUCUCAUCAUAUCUUUCUGUGUAAUAUAUACUGUAAUAUAUUACAGUAUAUAUUACACAAAGAACAAAGCAGGCUUGCCAUAAUCAUUGUCAAUGUUCCACAUGCCUUUAUGUUUUCAAAAUCUUAGGACAAACAAAGUGAGUGCUGAAGGCUUACUCCCACUUCUUCCUUCCCCAGACUCUUCCCUCUGGUUGUGUUGAACUGCACUCUGCGUUGGUGGAGUUUAAGGGAGGAAGGCAGCCAACACAUCCUUCAGGCACUGGAGGCAAGGGUGGGGAAUGAGUAGGUACUCUACUUGUUAAACUACCUUCAUAUUCUGUCAAGGGCCUGUUAAAUUUCGUAUGCUGCUGUUUAAAAAAGUAAAUGCUGCAAAAAGGACAUUGCUUGCUUCAUGUUAGUAUUACAUUCCCUCAAACCUUGAUAAAACAAUACAUAAUGUGAAAAAGGGAGUUGUGGACUGUGGUAUUAAAUUCUGCAAUCCAAAUACAUUGACAAAUAUUCUUAUACAUUUCUAUAA